CUCAAACAAAGCAAUGUGGCCUAUGACAAACAUUACCAACGAAAUUGUGAAGUAUGUAAACAAUAAACAUACCAGUUGCAAUAAAAUUAAAAUUUAGUCCUAAAUAGAAAAAAUUGAAAGCAAAAAAAGUAAAAAUAUGCCUGUAUUUUGUAAGGCUGGUUGCGGGAAUAGAGCUUUAUUGAAACGUCCGAAAACAGGUGAUGCACUAUGCAAAGAAUGUUUUUUUUCUGCUUUUGAAACUGAAAUCCAUCAUACAAUUACGCAAUGUAAGCUUUUUAAACAUGGUGAUAAAGUUGCAAUUGCAGCUUCUGGGGGUAAAGAUUCGACUGUUCUUGCUUAUGUUAUAAAACUUUUAAAUGAAAAGUAUAAUUAUGGCAUACAUUUAGUAUUACUAUCAAUAGAUGAAGGUAUAACUGGAUAUCGAGAUGAUAGCUUAGAGACUGUUAAAAAGAAUGGCGAGGAUUAUAAAUUGCAAUUAAAAAUUAUGUCUUAUGAAGAGCUUUACGGGUGGAGCAUGGACAAAAUUGUUGCUAAAAUUGGGCGGACAAAUAAUUGCACAUUUUGUGGAGUAUUUAGAAGACAAGCUUUAGAUAGAGGAGCAAAGCUUUUGAAAGUAGACUGUAUUGCAACUGGACAUAACGCCGAUGACAUCGCAGAAACAGUAAUUAUGAAUAUUUUGCGCGGUGACACAGCUAGACUGCGACGUUGUACAAAUAUAAAAACAGGAGAAUCGGAUGAAAUAAUUCCCCGAGUAAAACCAUUGAAAUAUGCAUAUGAAAAGGAAAUUGUGAUGUACGCUCAUUUUAAGAAAUUGAUUUAUUUUUCCACAGAAUGCACUUUUUCGCCUAACGCCUACCGUGGUCACGCGAGAGCAUUUUUAAAAGAUUUAGAGAAAAUUCGACCAACUGUUAUUAUGGACAUAAUACACUCUGGGGAACAACUAUCUUUUAAAGAUAAUAUUAAAAAACCUGUACAAGGAAAUUGUGAACGAUGUGGUUUUGUUUCUUCUCAGCAACCAUGUAAAGCUUGCCUUCUUUUGGAGGGAUUGAAUAGAGGUUUGCCUAAAUUGGGAAUAGGAAAAAGAUCAAAAGGAAAUAAAAUGAUUUUGAAUCAGGAAUCUGUGUUGUCUAUUAAAAGUAAAGCGAAUCUAAUCAAUAGUGACUUUUGAUAAAAAGGGAUUAAAUUAAAAAUUAUGUAAAAAUGAAAAUAAUUGUACAAAUAAAAAAAUUUUUGAGAGUAAGAACAGAUAAAGGUCGGAA